GUUUACCGGCGUCGGUGUAUACGUUUAGGGCUAGUCUGAUUUCUGUUAAUUGUAUUUAAUUGAUCGUGAACGUUCGUGGAGGUGUGACACUACGAAACCACUUGAUUAGUUUGGAGCUUCUGACAUACAGAUAUUUUUUAUAUGAGGCGAAGAGCUAGCCUCCAAAAUGAAGCUCUCCUUAGUUUUUGAGCUGUUGCUCAUUUUCGUGCUGUUAGCGUUUGCAGCAUCAAAGAGCGUCAGAAAACAAAAGAACAGUAACAAGAAGGCGGUCCAGAACAGAAAUGACAGCGAUAAAUUGGAAGACAAUAGCAUCAACAAAUAUUGUAAAUGCUCAGAAGCUUACUGCAAUUGUUGCCGAGACUUCCAAGUGCCUGUGGUCAAUUUAAACGGACCAGGCAAGAUGUGGUUUGCAAGGGCAGAAGAUAUAAGUCCUGCCUUAGGGUCAUCGUAG